AUACUGAAAGACCUUGACCUUCACUUAUUAAUGACAUUGUCUUUGAAGGUCAAAUUAUUGAAAUUUUCAUUGUUUUGGCGGUAACUGACUGUAACUUUGCUAUUUUUGAAGGGAUAAACUUCAUAUUAUAACAGAACAUUCUUAAGGACCAGACCUUGUUGUUUAUCAAACCCAAAUUUGCUUGGGCUCCUUAAUGACCUUGACGGUUAUAUUACUGAAUUUUCUCAGAUUGUGCAUUUAUUGGUGUGUGUGUAUGUAUAGUAUAUAUAUAUAUAUAUAUAUAUAUGCAUGAUUUAAGAAUAUAAGUUUUAGACUUUUUGAAAUAUGUAGAUUGGAAUUUAGAGCCUGUUCUAUAAUAUAGAAACUUGUUUUGAAAUUUUUUAAUCAGACUCUCUCAACUGAUGAAACCAUGAGUAAUGCUGAUGGACUAUUUGUCGAUAAAGCUCUUUGACAACUUACGCGUCUUCAUGUUAAUUUUUUACUCAAGGUGUAUAUAUUGGAACAGUUGGUCAGUAAAUGUCCAAGAUAACAUUACAUAUAUAUGCAUGAUUUAAGAAUAUAAGUUUUAAACUUUUUGAAAAAUGUAGAUUAGAAUUUAGAGCCUGUUCUAUAAUAUAGAAACUUGUUUUAAAUUUUUUAAUCAGACUCUCUCGACUGAUGGAACUAUGAGUACUGCUGAAAAUGAGCAUGACAAUAGAUUUGAAAAUGAGAUUGCUUAUGAUAAAGGUCGUGACAUAUCCUUGAUGGAUUGUCAUCAAAGUCAUGAUGACAGAGAGACCACGUCAAAUGAUGAAACUGUGACUCAUGUUGAAAAUGAACAGUACAUGAGACUUAAAAAUGGAGACAGUGACUUGUCGGUGAUAGUUUGUCACCAAAGUCAUGAUGACAAAAAGACUCUCUCGACUGAUGAAACCAUGAGUAAUGCUGAAAAUGAGCAUGACAAUAUAUUUGAAAAUGAGAUUGCUAAUGAUAAAGGUCGUGACAUAUCCUUGAUUGAUUGUCAUCAAAGUCAUGAUGACAGAGAGACCAUGUCAAAUAAUGAAACUGUGACUCAUGUUGAAAAUGAGCAGGACGUAAGAUUUGAGAAUGAAAUUGCUAAUGAUUGCAGCUGUGAGUUGUCCAUGAUAGAUUGUCACAAAAGUCAUGAUGACAGAGAGACUCUGUCACUUGAUGAAACUAUGGGUAGUGUUGAAAACGAACAUGGCAUGAUAUUUGAAAACAAGAGCCACCGCCGGGCGGGGGCAACGCUCGACUUUUUACUUUUUCUAAACGCAAACAUAGAAAGGUUUGAACAUAUAUUAAUUAACGUUUCCUUUUUAUAAAUUUAGUUUGUCUGUCUUGUCACAUUAGUUUUCUUUAUAUAUUUUGUAUAUAUAUGAAUAGAAACAUUAAGCAUAUUUCUAAAAAUAGCAACAGUACGCAAUUUCUUAAAAUAGCAACAUGACGCAAUUUCUAAAAAUAAAAAAAUGACGCAAUUUCUAAAAAUACAAAAAAAUGACAUAAUUUCUAAAAAUAAAAAAGUGACGCAAUU